AUGUAUCAAGGUAGUUUGAGAACAUAUAUGUAUUUUCAUAUUCUUAAUAACCUUGUUUUUCCAGAGAUGUUACAGAAUAGUCCAUCAGCGUCAACAGUCUCAAAUAUAAUUGGAUCUGAAGACGCAUCUGUACUCACAACUAUAGAUAUUCCACCAGGAAGUCUUGCAGAAUCGGUUACAUCAUCUGUUUCUGGAGAACAUCAUAACGUUGAAGAAGUAUCUUCUCAUACUCACUCAGCACAAAGUGGUAGUGAAGAUCAAAAACAAUCAAAUCAAUCUGGAGAGAACAUGGCUCCAACUUUUCAAAAUAUAUUUACUCCUUCAAAAAAUAAUAAAUCAGGAUCUGUUACAGUUGAUGAUAUUGCUACAAAACUAACGGCUCCCUUUCAGUCAUCGUCGUCAAGUAAUACUCAAAAAGAGGAGCAUACAGACACACCAUUAAUUAAAUCUGAAGAUAGGCCUUCACCACCUCAAAAUAAAAUUGAAGAAUGUAAAGUUGAUCGUAUGGUACUUACUGGUGGUUUUGCAUCACCUAAACAGACUCCAGUAAAUGGUAUUGUACAGCCAAGAGUAAUUCCUCCACCUGGCAAAAAAACGAGGAAUACAAAUCAACUUGUUUUCGUACAAAAUUUUAUUUUAAAACCAAUUUUAAAAAUGAAACCAGCAUGGCCUUUUAUAAAGCCUGUUGAUACAAAAAGGUUAAAUAUACCAGACUAUCACACAAUUAUUGAGAGACCUAUGGAUCUCAAUACAAUAGAUAAACGUUUGAAAAGCACUUAUUAUACAGGGUCCACAGAAUGUUUACAUGAUUUUAAACAAAUAUUUGAUAAUUGCUUUCGAUACAACCAUCCAUCGUAUGCUGUCUUUAAAAUGGCAAAAGAGCUGGAGGAAUUUGUAAAUGCUAAAGUUGCUGAAAUGCCUCAACCUGAAGUUGAAGAAGAAGUUAGUAAUACAAAAAAAGGAGGUAGCAAAAAGGUUAAAACUUCUGCUGCUCGAGCAAGUCGUGAGAGUACUACAAUUUCUGAGGUUGGAGCGUCGAGUAGUAACGGUAUAGGUUCUAAAGGUAUUAAAAGAAAAAUAGAUGAUACAGGGAGGCAGCCACGUGCUAAGAAACCCCCAACAAUUGAGUUUGAUAAAUUGGAACCACGUUAUAAAGGAAAGUACAAUGAACAAAUGAAAUUUCUAUCAAAAUUGUUAGUUGAUUUGAAUUCUAAGAAAUAUUAUGACAUUGUGCAUCCUUUUUACACUCCUGUGGAUGCUGAAAUGUUACAAAUUUAUGAUUACUACAAUGUAAUUAAGAAUCCAAUGGAUCUCCAAACAAUGAAAAGAAAAUUAGAAGCUCGCCAAUACCUCAACCCACAAGAAUUUAAAGACGAUUUUUAUUUAAUGCUAGACAAUUGUUUUAAAUAUAAUCCUCCACAUGAUCAAGUUCAUCAACUCGGUAAGAGACUUCAAAUUCUUUUUGAAGAGAAGUGGAAAGCGUUACCAUCUGAUACUCCUGCUGCUAAGGUCUCUGAGUCUCAUUCAACUUCAGCAAAUUAUAAUGGAAUUUUACCUAUGCCUCACUUGAUGCCAGCUGUGACUACACCUAUAUCUCAUACAAAAACCGCUGGACUAAGCGAAGAACAUUUAGAAAUGAUUAUAACAAGCAUUCAACAACAGACGCUUGCCUUGCAAUCUAUUAUGACGGAAAUGACUGCUUUUUCACAAAGACUUAUCAAUCUUAAAAUGGAAAGGAAUAUGGCAAAAAUGAAUCAUGGCAAUGUACCUCCAAUACCAAUGGAAAUCUCAACUGAUUUUGCUGCACUUAUGGCUAACUUCCAAAGAAACCAUGUUAUUCCACCAAUAUUUGACACUCCUUCAAUUGCACAACCUAUAUUAUCAUCCGGUCCUCCACCCAAGAAAUCAAAAUCUUCUAAAAAGAAUAUUGCUCCAGCUAAACCUAUAACACCAGAAGUAGUUAUAUCACAGCAACACUCAGUUAAAUCAGAAUGUGGAGAUGUUAAACCGCCAAUACCAACAUCUCAAGGAACACCUGUUAGUAAACGGGGUAGAAAACCAGGUUCAAAAAAUAAACCAAAACUUAGUCCACUUUCUGCUGCACGUCAAGAAUAUAACUUUAAUUCAGAUGAUGAGAAUAGUAGUUUACCUAUGUCAUAUGAAGAGAAAAGACAACUAUCGUUAGACAUAAAUAAAUUACCUGGUGAAAGUUUAAGUCGAGUAAUAAAUAUUAUAGAAGCACGUGAAAAGAUUGGUGAUGUUAAUCCUGAUGAAAUAGAGAUUGACUUUGAAAUUCUCCAACCUAAAACGUUGCGUGAAUUGGAGGCAUUUGUCGCAUAUUGUUUAAAGCGUAAGGUACGUAGACCACCUAUUAAAGAUACCGCUGAAAUUGAAAAACAAGAAAAAGAUAUAAAAGAAAAAAUUGAAAGAUUAGAAUCCUCAGAGACUAGUAAUACAUAUGCUAAUGGUGGAAACUCUACAGAUGCCAAAGUGCCUAAAGGAGAGGCUGUUGAAAGUUCUAGCGAGUCGGAUUCAUCAGAUUCGUCUAGCGACGAGGAAUCAUCAGAUGACUCUAGUGAUAGCGAAUCAGAAGAAGAAAGCAAAAAAGAAUCAACAACCUCAGAUAAAAAACCAUCUGGUGAUUCAGAUCACCCUUCUGUAACUACAUUUUAUAAAAAUAUAAUUCAUCCUGGAGCAGGUCCAAUAUACCAAAGUAAGGAAAAACUUCCAGAAAAAAGUAAUAUCGGUGUAUCAGUGUUGGAUGUGUUAAAUAUUCCAACAAAUGAAAAUUCAAAUAAAAUUGUUGAUAGUAGUAAUAAUGGUUCAAAAAAUAAUAGUGGUAAUGUUAAAUCAGAACCAUUUACUCAAGGAGAAAAUAAAGUUUUUAGUAAUGUUAUUAAAGAUAUCAUGUCUAAACAGUUAAAUAAAAGAAGUAAAAAUGCUCCAUUUAAAUCACAAAUGGAAGUUAAUAAUAGUAGUAAUAGUAGUUUUAUCAAUCAAUUGAGAAAUUCAAAUUCUCCUAUUACACCAAAUACCAUUUCACCAGUGCCAAUUGCUGCUGCAGGUGGUCAUCAUCAUCCACCUACCUCUUCUUCCUCUUCCUCAUCUUUUACUGUUCCUCCUGGAGGAGAUUACCAUUCUUCUCAUACUUCAUCAUCCUCUCUUCAACAAUUAAAUUCCAGAGAUCUUGAUAAGAUAAAUGAAAUGAAGGAACGUGAAAGAAGAAAGAGAGCUGAAAAACUUGCUGCAACAAAAAUUAGUGAACAAUUAGAAUUAAUGAGUGAUUUUGAAAGUUGCCUCUAA